AUGAGCGACCAGGCACAGCCAGUCCGCCCCGGCGACGUGUACCCUCCCUAUGCCGCCGGCCAGCAGGAGGCGCGCCGCCAGCGCGACGAGGUCCUCGCUCGUGAUCGGCAGCAGCAGCAGCAGCAAGAUGACAGACUCCGGGUCACCGAGACCGACCAGCACGACGGGAAGCGCGUCGUCACCGCCACCGCCGCCGGCCAGGUGAUGGCGCAGUUCACGGUGCCGGCCGUCGGUAAGGCGACGGACGCGGUGACCAUCGGCGAGGCGCUGCAGGCCGCGGCAAGUGACGCGCCCGUGGACCUGGUGGACGCGGCGGCGGUGCAGGCGGCCGAGACGCGCGCCACGGGGCUGGGCCGUGUCGUCCCGGGAGGCGUGGCAGCGGCGGCACAGAAGGCCGCCGAGACGAACAUGAGGCUCGAUGCCGGCGAGGAGAAGGUGCGGCUGAGGGACGUGGUGGGCAGCGCCACGGCGGUGCUGCCGGCGAACAAGGCGGUCACCCGGGAGGACGCCCGGAAGGUGGCGGCCGCGGCGGAGAGGAACGCGAGGGGAGGAGGAGGGAGUGAUGUGGCUGAUGCGGUGGCCGCGGCCGCCGAGAUGAACCAGGGGAAGCUGAUGAGGUAG